AUGCAUUUCCAGUCUCUCGUCGUUUCUCUCCUGCUGGCAACGUCGGUGGCCGCCAAGGGCAACGAGAUCGAGUCCACCAAGACAGUCUCCGAAAGUGGGCAGUGCAAGGAGAUGGUCAAACUGAACAAACUCGUCGAACUCGCCUCCAACACCACCAAGCUGGACGCAAUCACCAAGAAUAAUGCCACUAAGAUAGCAGAGAUCCAAGCAAAGGCAUCUACGGCCUCCACAACACUUAAGACUUUGGAAUCAAAUAGCACCCUCAUGUCAGCCUGCGCAGUGAUCGACGCUCAAGCAGCAGAAAACGAUCAAUGUCAAGAAACCUUCGCGCUCCAACGCUUCGUCAGGUUCGCAGCAAACAGUACAGCAGUGGCAACGGCGACCAAAAACAACGCCACCAAGAUCGCGAAAAUCCAAUCCGAGGCGUCCAAAGCUUCAACCAAACUGCAAACGCUGACCAGCAACUCGACUUUGCAAUCUGCUUGCCCUGCAGUCAUGCAGAAAGAUGAAUGUAAAAUGAUGAACAAGUUGCAGAAGUUCGUGGAUGUUGCGAAUAACCAGACGAAGUUGGACAUGGUUGCGAAGGGCAAUACGACAAAGGAGGCGGGGAUCAAGGCGAAGGCCGCGAAAGCGCAAACGAAGUUGACCGCAAUGACGAGUAAUGCGACUUUCAUGGCGGCGUGUACUGCAAUCGAGGGGGAAAAAACCACAGCGGAGAAUGGCAUUUCUAGCACGAACUUGAAGUCUGCUGCGAGUAUGUUGAAGGAUGCAGGCGCAGGUGCUAUCGGAUUAUCAACGAUAUUGGUGGUGGUGGUGGGAAUGUUUGCAUUGUGA